AUGGCCCCAUGGGAUACGUGCACGUUGUGCUCUUCUGGUAAGUGUCUGGGACGGCUCCUUCCGGGGGACCACUACUACCCCAAUUCGUCUUGUCUCCAGCUCUUCUUCUUAUUCUCCUUGUGCCCCCAAACGCCCCGUUUCUUUUGCUCCUUCUACACCCCGGUCGGUUUUUGUUUUCGACUCUGUCUCUUCUUUCUGCCUUCCCUCAUUCUUCUAGAGGCCAAAGGAAUGCUAUUUAUUCUGACUAUCUUAUUCAGGCUCUCACUGUCACAUCUACCGAACGAUACAAUUGAAGAAGCCCCACCGUCCAUCGCAAAAUUUUCUGCCAAUAUCCUCAGAGAUUUUGAGACACAAUCCAGAUUUUCAAUAGUUCAAGACGAGUUCGAAAAGCUCAAAUCGGACAUCAAAUCAAAAAAGGAAGAUGCAGCUGAAAAACUUCGGGAAGCGACGGAACAUCUCGAUCGACUUGUCACCAACAGAGUUCAAGCGCUCAAGAAAUUGGCGUCGAGUGCCGAAGCGUCCGCAGCGGUUUUCGACGAGUACGAUGAUCAGGCGUAUGCAGUGCCACAAGCCGACAAGAGAUGUGAAGCGUACAUGACGAAGAUGAAUGAGUCUGAUAUGCAUUUCGUUUCAAAUGCAGUAGAACAAAAUUCAAAGUCUGGAAUUCAUAUAACAGUUGAAUCGUAUCAAUGUGAUCCGAAAGUGAUGAGAGAUUUUGAUUGGACGGGGACGAAAUUUAUAGAGAAGACAAUGACGGAGAAUAAGGAUAAGGAUCCGGAUAUGGGACAUCAGUAUAUUGGAACCUAUUCUGGAUUGACCAGAACUUAUCCAAGACGUCAUUGGAAAGUGGAACCAGCACCAAUCACAAUCGAUCUCUUCGAUCCUCGAUUCCGUCCAUGGUUCGUUAAUGCAGAAUCAGUGCCAAAGGAUAUUGUCUUUCUACUUGAUUAUUCCGGAAGUGUGAAAGGACCCACUAUGCAUCUCAUCAAGAUCACAAUGAUGUACAUUCUUUCGACCUUAAGCCCAAACGAUUACUUCUUUGGAGUCUAUUUCAAUAAUCAUUUUAAUCCAAUUAUCAGCUGUGCAAAUCGAACUUUUAUGCCAGCAACCACCAGUAAUAAGAAGGUGUUUUUUGAAGAAUUGGGAAUGUUGGAAGAGAAAGAUCAAGCCCAUUUUUCGACUCCGUUGAAGUUUUCAUUGGAUGUUUUGAGAGGGAACCUAGAUUCUAAUCAAUCCCUAUUUGCUGAUUAUCGUUCAGAAGGUCACAAACUCCUGAUAAUCUUCACAGAUGGAGUUGAUGAGUGGCCACACCAAAUCCUUGAUGAAGAAUUCCAAACUAGAAAUAGUGAAUUGAUUAGAAUAUUUGGAUUCUCUAUGGGCUACGGUACUAGCCUUCUACCACUUCAACAAUACAUGGCAUGCAAAUCUCAUGGAGGAUAUUCAGAAAUCGACUCUAUAAUGGAUGUAAAACCACAAUCAAGAACAAUACAAAACGUGUUGAGUCAAGUGAGAGGAGAUGAGCUGAGAGGCACGAAAGCAGAGAAUCGGGAGCCGAGUUGGACACAGUUGUAUAUGGAAACUCAGGGAUCUGGACCUAUCGUAACCCUAUCACUUCCCAUAUUGACAAGUGAUCAGAGGAUAUGGAGGGAGCAAAGUUUAGCAGGAGUUGUAGCCAUCGAUAUUUCCAUAAAAGAACUAACAAAACAUUUGCCAACAUCCAGUGAGCAGAUGUACGCGUACAUUGUGGACAACAAUGGAAUGCUCAUUUAUCAUCCACAGCUUCAGAUUCCAAAAACCGAAGUUCAUUGUGUUCGUCGAAGUGCUUGUUAUGAUGCUCAACAAGUGAAGCAAAAGGCUGGAUCUGGACUCCGUGUCCACUAUGGAUUCAGUGAUGAACGAGUUUAUAGAUUAGUUGGAUUAAUAGACAGUAUUCCUACUUUGGAUAUGUAUGACCUGGAAGGCGAUUCAACUGCAAUUCGGGAUCUGAGAAGAAGAAUAACCACGAAAACUUGCUACGAGGAAGCCAUUAAAGACGACUCCAAAGAAUAUCACUGUGCUCACAUCAAAGACUCGCCGUUCACAGUUGUCAUCGUAAACAGUCUGGAACUGAAGACAGUAUAUUAUGAUGAGGAUGUACCAGAAUUAGAUAUAUCCAACAACAAACUGGUGACAUUUUUCUACCCUAGAAGAGAUGUUUGUCAGUGGAAACUUGAUGAAUAUCAGCCAUACGACAGAUUCAAGGUGUGGUCAGGCAUUUCGGAUCAGCAGAUUUGCAGUCAAGAUGAUAUGAGACUCCCGAGAGCGUUUACGAAGGCAUUGGGGAGUUGGACUCAAUCGUGGCCAUCUUCAGACAUUGAACACACAACUUGCUUGCUGGUCGAGUUCCCAGACAACGCGUCGGUUCCACAUUAUGUGAACAGUUUUGUUCACACAAGAUCGAAACUAACUGUUUUCUAUCCGACCUGUUCGAGCCACGACAUGAAAGCAGUAAACAAAAAGUUUGACGAAGAAAUCAAAGUAACCGAUAACAACGAUUUUGUGCAGUUCUCAAUGAGAUCCGGUAGUCUUUUGAUCUAUCGAACGAUUGCGGAUUAUGAGAAUAAUCGAUUGGCAGUUGUGGGAACGCAAUGGAAGGAAAAUUAUUUUGAUCAAUACUUUGAUAAUUUUACAAAGCAACAUUCAGACUGGAAAGUUUGUAGGAAGCAAGAAUGUUCGAUAAUCACUAGAAAUGGACAUGUGAUUGCGUCAUCAGCUAACCGACAACCUGCACAUUUAGCCAACUUUGACCCUCAACUUUUUGAGUCUUUGAUUAAAAUCAAUUUGGUUUCGACAAAAUCUUGGAUCGAUGUGCAAUCAGAAUGCAAAGCCAAACGAAUCGCUCCUUGGAGUAGUGCAGCACCCGCGUCGAGCAGCUUUCUCCGUUAUUUUGUCACCUCAAUCUUCAAGUUCGCACAAACUUCAUUUUGGAGGAACCUCUUCGAAUCGGCAUUCACUGUAGUGGAUGCCCAACCAUCGAUGUCUGGAAAGACGUGCACUUUCCAAAAGAUCAAACCAUUUGAACGAUGUUUUAUGAAGUUUUUCCAUUAUCGAAUGUCUCUGAAUAUCACCAAACAACUUCAGUUAACAGGAAUGUCUACGUGUUCAAGAUACGCCAAACUCUAUCCAGUGCCAAACACAACUCUUUCACUUAUCAUCGCGGAUCGAGCGUGUAGUCAGUAUAGACCGAAAAGGAAGUAUGAAGCAGAACCAAGAAAAUUGGAAAAAUGCGAAGUAGUUCAUUCUCAUGCCCGUCGAAGACCAGAUUCACUGAAUGAUUGGAAAAUCGAACUUCAGAACAAACAUGUGGAUUGCAUCAAUGGAACUAAUCGACUUCUAUCCAGUUUCCUCACCAUCCUGAUUGUUUUCAUAUCAUCAUUUCGGAUAUUUUAG